AGGAGGGGGCCCUGGGUCACGAGGCCGCAGACUGCCGGAAAGGGCUCUCCUCCACCCCCAUCAGCGCGGACACUUGAGCAGGGGGUGUUCAAAGCCGGAGGUGAAACCCAAGCGCGAUACUGGAGGCUGCUGCUUCCCUGCCUCAGUUUCCCCCUCUGCGUGCAUCCGGGUACCUCACUCCCAGCGGCGCGCUGGGUCGGGGUCCUCAGAGACCCUGGGCCACUCCAGUGCCUGGGAGGACGUAAGGUGAGGCCCUGAGGGGUGACGGCCCUGUCCGUCGCCGGCCGGGGGCGGGGCCGUGAGGCCCCGGCUGGCUCGGAGCUCCCCGCCCGCCCGCCGGUUUCCUCCGGGGUCAGCCCGGCUCCUUAUCAGGCGCGGCCAGUCGGCCAGGGCCUUAUCUGUGCCGGCCCGGCAUCCUCCGGCGCGGCCCGGGGGUGAGAGGGAGGAAACUGGGCCGCCGGGGGCGGGGAGAGGGCGGGCCGGCCAGGAGCAGCUCACUUUCCCUCGAGGGAUCCACGCCGCCGUCGCCGGGGCCCUAGCGAGCCCGGGAAGAGGCGCGGCCCGACGUCGCUGCCGGGAGGGGGCGGCAAGCUCCCAGCGGCCCAGAGCGCAGAGGCCGGACCGGAUCAGGGCCACGGAGCCUGGCCUGCAGCCGAACCCGCAUCCUGGCCCUGCGGGACAGAGCCGGGGCUCUCACCAGGCAGCAGGACCAGCGCCGGGGUGAGCACCCCUUCGGGGUCCAUGUGCCCUCCCCAGGCCCAGACAGAGGUGGGCCCCACCAUGACUGAAAAGGCGGAAGUGGUGUGUGCCCCCAGCCCGGCGCCCGCUCCGCCCCCCAAGCCUGCCUCACCUGGGCCCCCAAAGGUGAAGGAGGUUGGCCACCGAGGCUCCUCACCCCCCAGGCUGCCCCCUGGCGUGCCAGUGAUCAGCCUGGGCCACACCAGGCCUCCAGGGGCAACCAUGGCCACCACGGAGCUGAGCACCCUGCGGCCCCCGCUGCUGCAACUCUCUACCCUGGGAACUGUCCCGCCCCCCCUGGCCCCUCACCCCUUUCUCAACAGCCUCUACAUUGGGCCGGCAGGACCUUUUGGCAUCUUUCCCAGCAGCCGGCUGAAGCGGAGACCUAGCCACUGUGAGCUGGAGCUGGCCGAGGGGCACCAGCCCCAGAAGGUGGCCCGGCGUGUGUUCACCAACAGCCGGGAGCGCUGGCGGCAGCAGAACGUGAACGGCGCCUUCGCAGAGCUCAGGAAGCUGCUGCCAACGCACCCGCCCGACCGGAAGCUGAGCAAGAACGAGGUGCUCCGCCUGGCCAUGAAAUACAUCGGCUUCCUGGUGCGGCUGCUGCGCGACCAGGCGGCCGCUCUGGCCGCGGGCCCCGCCCCGCCCGGGCCCCGCAGACGGCCAGCGCACCGAGGCCCGAACGACAGCGCCCGCCGCGGGCCGUGUCGCAGGGCCGAAGGAGUGAUGCGCUCGCAGCCCGCGCCCCCGGCCGGCCCCGACGGCAGCCCCGACGGGGCGGCCCGGCCCAUCAAGACGGAACGAGCGGCCGUGAGCCCUGAGGUGCGGUGACCUCCGCGGGCGUGGCCUCGGAGCCGAGGGGCACCGGGAACUCAGCCCGGGGCGGUCGAGAAAGGGGCGGCCGAUGCUCUGCGCCUGCUCGGGAGCGAACUCCCCGGAAGAGGGACCAGUGAGGACGUUCCCAACGGGGGAAUAGGGCCCGGGGAUCUGGAGGGGCGACUGUCGCCCGCGGGGGGCCCUGUAGGCCUUUUUACCACCCACCGCCCGCUGGAAAUGACCUUUCUCGCGUCUUCCUCCGGGGGACGAGGUCCGGGAACCAACAUGGCAGACAGGUCAUCGGACUAAAGUGGUGCCUUUUUUCCGGGGCUGGGGUCACCGAGAGAGGUGGGGAGGGACGGGGUAGGGGGCUGGGCUUUGCCCUUCUCGCCGGCGCCCCCUCCUGGAGACUCACGGAUACGCGCUCCUGGACCGCGUCUGCGGCGCGCCAGGUGCGCCGAGGGAGGCGCAGAAUGGACGCCGGGACCCACCCCCCACCGAUCCCGAAGCGGUCCCGCACGACGGCGUUAGCAAAGGCUCGGGCGCUCUUACUUUUGUUUUUCUUUAUUUCUUUAUUUCACAUACACAUUAGCCAUUCAAUGGAGAAGCCGGAGAGAGUCAGGCAAAGAUGGUGUAACAGAAGCGCAGUGACGGGGGCGGGGCGGGGCGGGGCGGGGCGGGGCGGGGCAGAGAGGGAACAGACGGGCUGGCUGCCUACUUGCAUUCCGCUAGGACACUGAAAACCCAGAAAACAAAACAGACAGUAAACUACCCUUGUUUCUUAUGUAUCUCAGUGCAGAGACGGGGGUGGAGGGCAGAGAGAGGGGGAGACCAGGCUGAAGGAAGAGGAGCGGAGGGACGGGGGACGCUAAGGGGGAAGCACACCAAAUCCAUUAGUACUAUAUAUAGAGAUACUCGUAUAUACUGCGUUUCUUAGCCUAAGAAGAAACUUGUUUGACGGGACGGGCGGCCUUUGCGGUCCGCGAUGCUGGUGCUGGUCGGGCGCACGGAUCUCCCGGGAGGGGCCGAAGCGGGGCUGGCCCAGGCUGGCUUGGGGGGGAGGGGGGCGCCCCGAGGGUGGGGGGGUGGGGGGGAGCAGAGGCGGGGCUGGGGUGCCCCUCGGGCUCUCGAUUGGGGGACGAAAUUUCUCGUGACUUUAUUGCUCCUUUAUUUUCUCUCAUGUGGGGGGGGGGGGGUCCGUUCAGCACGGUCGGGGUGAGGAAAUGGUGGGUCGUCUGAGCCACCCGGCCCCUCUGGGACCCAGAGCGCGGCGUCCGCUCCGCCAGCACGGGGGUGAGAACAAGGCACUAGGUCGGCCGGCCAGCGCGGGGGCGGGUGUGUAAGGCAGUCGACGGGGCUGGUUGCAGGGUGGGGUGGGGCUGUGUGCGGGGCCGUGUGCGUGCGUGCGUGCGGGCGCGGGCCUGGGCGAAUCGACCUGUCAGCUUGGCUGGUCCUGUCCUGGAGCUUCGAGCCUUCCUCGUGCUCCCCGGUGGGUGACGGGGCUAGGGGUAGGGGUUGGAGGAAUGAUGUUGAGUUGGGGGCGCCGGGGAAAAGGGAGGGUAACUACCAACUUGCUGAGCGCGCUCCUGAUAAUGCUGGUGAGGGUCAAGUUGGCGUCUGGCUCAAAGAAGGGCGCUCGGGGCGGAGAGGGAGAGGGAGAGGGAGAGGGAGGGAGGGGACGUUUGUUCGUUGGCAUUGACCUCUGCGGGGGAGGGGCUGGGGACCCCCCCGCCGCGCCCCCGUGCCCGGACGGGGAUGGGGCGAGGAGGGGGGCGCUGGGCCCUGGGGAGGGGGCGCCCGGGGAGACCCGCGACCAGAGCAGCCCAGCCGCCGGGCGUAUGCCGCUGUCCCGUUCCGUUAAACUCAACAAAGAAGGGAUAUGCGUGUUCCUAACAAGUGCAGGAUAUUUAAUUGAUUCAUAAACUUAUGUAUAAUAGUUUGUGGGUUUUUUUUUAAAACGUACUUUAUAACGUAAGAAGCACCAGGGUUUUUAUGUUGAAUUAUCUUAAAAAUAAUUUUCUCUCGUC